AUGAAUUUCACACGUUAUGGUUUGCCACUUUUGGCAUUCUUCACACUGACUUCCUUCUUACUCAUAAUGAGAUCAACCUUGCUGGAAAAAAUCUCCACCAUUCCUGAUUCCGUUAACGGACUCAACUACGCCUCCUUCAACACUGACGAGGUUCUGUCACUAAUAUUUCGCGAGUUUACCCACCGAGGGCUCGUGAAGAAAACACAACAGAAAGCAGUUAACGAGGCGGAGUCCCCUGCUCCGGUUGCGCCGAGAAAGAUGUGCAGCUACACGAGGGAGGCGAAGAAAGCGGCGUUGCAGCAACUGGAGGACGUGCUUCUUGAGCCACCAAGAGCGGCUUCUGGGAAGUCGCGCAAGUACUUGAAGCGCACGCGGUUCUUGCCGGAUUUGAUGGGUGACUCUUUGGAGAGCUACCCCCGGCACGUUUUCAUCGAGGUGGAGUUGUCGGAGAAAGAGGGAGGAAGUGGAAAGAAGUGGUUUACGGAGACCUACCCGACGAGGAACAAGCAGUUCGAGAUGUACGAUGUGAAGACGGUGAUGGCGGAAGAAAUGCAGCAGAAUGAGGAGAUAGGGAUGUCGGAUUGGCUGAGGAAGAAUGUGAAGGAGGAAGAGUUUGUGGUGAUGAAAGCUGAGGCUGAAGUGGUGGAGGAUAUGAUGAGGAGUGAUUCCAUUGGACUGGUGGACGAGCUUUUCUUGGAAUGCAAGCCCAAGCGGGGAGGCAAAAAAGAGGACUCAUCUCGAAGAGCCUAUUGGGAAUGCUUGGCUUUGUAUGGAAAGUUAAGGGAUGAAGGUGUGGCAGUGCACCAAUGGUGGGGUUAG